CCACAGUCCACCUUCACCCUGACCUUCGCCCUCCAGCUGUCCCAACCUGCUCUUCCGCCUCUGGUACGUCCUUGCGGCGAGGUGGAUAUUAACCGCGUCUGGAAAACGACUCUUGCGCCUGGAUGACACACGCCAGGCUGCCCGUCAUCCUCUCGCAACCGGUUCGCUGAUCGAUUGACGACUCUGUGUGUCGGAGCACAUCCACGGGCGGAAGAGGGCGGGGGAGAAGUAAAAACUGGAGUACCGCCAGCCUCUGAGAAUCAGCAAAGUGUGCAACGGUAUCAUUUCAGGCAGCGGGGCUCAGCUCUCCACCUAAAGAGCAACCGCGGGAAGGAUAAAUACCCCACGGCGGUAUGACGGAACCGCGAAUGCGGUUGCGCCAAAAGGGCCAGCAAUUCUCCACCCAGGACUUGGAAGCCUUUCUCAUCGCCUACGGCGACUCGGACAACCCCCUUCCCGAAACCGUCAAGGUCCUCGACGAGAUAAUCACAGACUACAUCAUCGAAACCUGCCACGAAGCCGCCGCCGUCGCGCACCACGCCCGCCGCGCCAAAAUCAAGCUCGAAGACUUCAAAUUCAUGCUCCGCCGCGACACGACCAAACUCGGACGGCUGAGCGAGAUGCUGGAGCGCGACAAGCUGCUCAAGACGCAGCGGAAGCUGUUUGAUGAGAAUGAGGGGGCUGUUGCGGGGGCGGCCAAGGGAGCGGAGAAGGAAGGAGUGGAUAGAGAGGAGGAAGGCGCCGAGGAAGGGGAGGAGGGGAGGAGGAAGAAGGGGGCGAGUAAGGCGAGGAGUGAGAGUGGGCGGAGUAGGAUUGGGGGAAAGAGGAAGGAGGGAGAGGGGGAGAGGGAGGGGGACGAGGGCAGGAAGAAGAAGAGGAAGAAGAAUAAGGAGAAGGAGAGGGAGGAUGCAGGGAGUGUGAGGGGGAGGUAGCAGGUCGUUUUGACAUGCAGCGGAGCUGUUCUUCAUGGGAUCUCAGGGCGGAAGUCUGGGCGUUUGGAGUGCUUCCAGGUAGAAUACCCGGCAUCUGCAUGGUUAUGGUCAUAGUUAACUUCACAGGCGUUGGUUGGAGAAAUGAGAGGGCUUGUCGGGUCAAUGGGGGAAGCGGGCGAAUCACCCAUGCGAUCCAGCAACCGGAGUCGGAUUCAUUCACUCAAUGAAGAAAUGGGAAGAAUACGUUCAUGUUCAGUUGCACUCAAGCAGCAACAGCUGUAUCUAACUUCGCUCCGAACAUAUCGCCCAUCAAGUCCUGAGCAGAACCGGACUUAGUCUUGGAAAGGGGAAUUCCGCUAACCCAACCCAGGCCAUUCAUACAAGGCCCGCCUCAUGCCCAUGGCAGUAGUGCUAGGCAUGUGCUAGGCAGGCUUUUUGGAUGCGUCAUUCAUAAUCUAUCCCAUUUUUAGGCCCCUUC